AUGUCCGUUCCGUCGCACUUCACGCUCAACACUGGCGCCUCCAUUCCCGCAAUUGGACUCGGGACAUGGCAGGCGAAACCCGGCGAAGUCGGUAAAGCUGUCAGUCACGCACUCAAAGUCGGAUACCGUCAUUUGGACUGCGCUUUAAUUUACCAAAAUGAGAAGGAAGUCGGCGAUGCAAUUAAAACAUCUGGCGUUCCUCGAGAGGAGAUAUUUAUCACUAGUAAAGUCUGGAAUACUCACCAAACCAACGUUUCUGAGGGCCUUGCACAGACCCUAAAGGAUCUUCAAACCGAUUACUUGGAUCUGUACUUGGUCCACUGGCCAAUCCGCCUCAUCCCUAACGAGACUUCUCAGCUCCUGCCCUGCAACCCGGACGGUACCCGCGCUGUUGAUACUUCUUGGGACCAGAAGGAUACCUGGAAGCAGAUGGAGACGGUGUACCGUAGCGGCAAGGUCAAGGCCAUCGGAUUGUCUAACUGGAGUAUCCCUUACUUGGAGACUCUCGAGAAGACAUGGGAAGUCGUCCCUGCCGUGAACCAAGUCGAACUCCAUCCUUAUUGCCCACAGCAUGCCUUGAAACAGUGGUGUGCGGAUAGAGGAAUCUUGCUAGAAGCAUACUGCCCCCUCGGAUCGACCGACUCCCCUCUCCUAGGCGACCUGGAAGUCACAGAAAUCGGAAAUAAAUACGAGGUGUCGGCCGCGACGGUCCUGAUUUCGUACCAGGUUAACCGCGGUUGUAUUGUGCUGCCUAAGUCGGUGACUGCCAGCCGCAUUGAGGCUAACCUUAAGCUCAUCGCUUUAAGUAAGGAGGAUAUGGAUAUCUUGGAGGGAAUGGCGGCCGCGGGCAAACAGCAGCGUGUUAAUACGCCGCUGUGGGGACAUGAUUUGGGAUUCGAUGACUGGUAUGGACCGGGCAAUGUCAAUGCGCCUGAGAAAUAG